GCGCGCCGCCUCAGCUGACAGGCUCCGGCGGUCGGAGGAAGCUCGAGAGGGGAGAGAGCCGUUUUGUUUGUCUCGAGGCGGCGGCGGGAGUGGGACUCUGAUCGCUUUCGCGGCUCGCUCCUCCGAAGAGGGGCAUGAGCUGAGGCGAUGAUGCGGCCGGCCGGCUCGAGGCGGGGUCGGAGGAAGCGGCUCCUCCCGGACGGGGCUGCCUUCCCCUCGCUGGCCCUUCUCUUCCUGCUGCUCUUCUGCUCGCCUCACGGCGCCUGCUGCCUGCCCCGCAGAGGAAGGAGCUCCCCCGGCCCCCCGGUCGUGCUGGUGCCGGGAGAUUUGGGUAACCAGUUAGAAGCAAAGUUGGACAAACCUUCUGUGGUGCACUACCUCUGCUCCAAGAAGACAGAAAGUUACUACACAUUGUGGCUCAACUUAGAACUGCUGCUUCCUGUUAUCAUUGACUGUUGGAUAGAUAAUAUCAGGCUAGUAUACAAUCGAACAAGUGGAUCCACUGGGCCACCAGAUGGGGUGGAUAUCAAAGUCCCUGGAUUUGGACAGACUUUCUCCUUGGAAUUCCUUGACCCUAGUAAAAGAAGUGUUGGUACCUACUUCUAUACACUGGUGCAGACUCUGGUGGACUUGGGCUAUCAACGGGAUGAAGAUAUUAGAGGCGCUCCCUAUGAUUGGCGGAAGGCACCAAAUGAGAAUGCAGACUAUUUUGUGGCCCUCCGGAAGCUGAUAGAGAUAAUGUAUGAAGAAUAUGAUCAACCAGUGGUUUUAAUUGCCCAUAGCAUGGGGAAUAUGUAUGUUCUCUACUUCCUCAGCCAUCAGCCUCAAGACUGGAAAGACAAAUACAUAAGGGACUUCAUUUCACUUGGUGCCCCAUGGGGAGGAGUGGCAAAAACUCUACGUGUUCUAGCAUCAGGUGACAAUAAUCGGAUCCCUGUCAUCAGCUCCCUUAAGAUCAGAGGCCAGCAGAGAUCUGCAGUGUCAACCAGCUGGUUGCUCCCUUACAACUACACCUGGUCUCCAGAGAAGAUCCUUGUCAGCACUCCAUUUGCUAACUAUACUAUUCAGGAUUACCAAAAGUUUUAUACAGACAUUGGCUUUGAGGAUGGCUGGCUCAUGAGAACAGAGACCGAAUCCUUGGUCUACAAUAUGAUUCCUCCAGGGGUGCGCAUACACUGUCUUUAUGGUACUGGGGUGGAGACCCCAGAGUCAUUCUUCUAUGACACCUUUCCCGACAAGGAUCCUAAGAUCUUUUAUGGUGAUGGUGAUGGAACAGUGAAUUUGCGAAGUGCCUUGCAGUGUCAGAAGUGGGUGGGCCAGCAGAAACAGAAUGUGACACUCUAUGAGCUUCCAGGGAGUGAGCACAUUGAAAUGCUCUAUGAUGCCAAUACAAUUUCCUACGUAAAGAAAGUUCUCUUUGGUUCAUGACACAAUGCAUAAUACCCUCUUCUGACAUGACACUUGAAGGGCCUUUUAAGGCAGGGAGGAAGAAUGGCUAUUUUGAACAACCCUAUUUAAAGCCUGCUUGACUUGUUUGGGCCUUGUUGGAAAUGUUGCUGUCAAUUAAUGAUCACUUGUCUCUUUGAUUAGUGCUCAUAACACAGUGUGGUGUCCUACAUACAAAAGCUCAUUCCAGCUGUAUUUAGUGCAAUCCAAGUGCCCAUCUUUGUGAAGAAUGUGCUGCGCUUGUUCUCUGGGAUGUGGGGAAGGGCAUAGAUGAGCUGUAAUAUAAAGAAAAGAACAAUAACAAUAACAUAACCUUUUCUGAAGGGUCACAAGUACUGGGUCAUUGUUCCCAGCUGGGAAGCUAGUAUUAAGUGAAGUCCCAGCAGCAGCUAUUUGGUUUUAUUUAAGUUGGUGACAUCCAGCCAGAUGAGUAUUGUUCAUGAAGAAGAUACAGUAUGUCUCUGAGCUCCUGAUAAGAUUUUCUAGCACAAGCUGAACCCUUUAGCUUGAUCCUUGCCGGAGCAAGGUGGAGGUCAAUGGCUGAAGGCAGCAAGGUUUUCUUUACUGCUGUAACUUGGAUAUUUCCAGUUGGCUGUAGAUCUAAGAAUUGACAGAGUAGAUAUUAAGGAGAUGGUCUCUGUUUUGUUGUGAUCAGUUGGCUGUCUCUAGAGUACUUGUCAACCUUUGUUCAGAAGCCAGUGCUGUGACAAGUGCUAUUUUAGCCAGAUGCCUUCCUUCCAUGAUCUGGAGUGUCUAAAACACAGGCUGCCUUCCAGCAACGCUUAGCAUUGUAGAGCAAAAUAACAGCCUAAACUGUUCUUGUUACUGGAGACUUCUUAAAGAUGGAGCUGAUAGUAAAGCUAACUCUUCCCAGAAAUUUUUGUAUUGUAACUUGGUUGUCAUGUUUCAUUGGGGUCUCCUUUUCUUGUACUGUAAUCCUUUUCCAAAUUCUAUUUCCUUGUCCCCUAUGGAAGAUCAAGCCUUGUACUAUAGAACAAAAUGGCAUGGGGCAAAGGUGCUCAUGUUCCUGAUUCAGGAGUGUAAUGUGCAACCAUAAUUGCAGGAAGUGCCCGAAAAAAAAGCACCAACCUUCAUCUGAGGCAGUGCUGGGCAGACUGCAAAAAAAGAGAGGCUCUGCUGACCCCAUAAUUGCCUGUUAGCUGCUGGGUUGGCCAUCUAUUGACAAUCCCUCCUUCCAGAGCAAAAGGUUUAGUAUUCAUUCCUGCUGCUUCUGCCCACCCAGAUAACAGCUUGUGACCAUCUCCUCAGUUAACUAACCAGCAUAAGUGUCUAGCCAACAUGGCACGACCAAACUCUCCUGCCUUGAGCUCAGUAUACGUUUGGGAUACAAGCUGCUGCAUCGUUAUCUAUGUCUGGUUAGUCCCUGUGUUGAAACUUUAAAAGCACCCAAAAGGGGGCGGUACAUCAAUUGUUGAUGUCAUAAGGGACACUUGUAAUAGGGGGCUGACUUGAGAUUUGUGCCAAAUACUCCAGUUUAAGAGUAAGAGUGACCUGGAAAUCUGAAUUUUGUUCUGAGGAACUUGCACUGAGCCUGACCUCUUAGUAAGCAAGUGCACAGAGCGACAGAUGUGGACACAUUUACCAUUCAUAUUUUUCAAAUCUUCAGACUUUUUCCUAACUAGACAAUGAGAUCACACAGAAUCUGCAGUGGUAGCUUACAGUCUGCAAGUAUAUUUUUCCGUUACUGGUAUGGUGUAACAUUUUUAUAUAGUCUCUGUCAAGCUUUUAGGUUUUCUAGAUUGUGUAUUGCUACAUUGUAGUAGUUUUAGCAUAAUAUUGGUCCUCCAAGAAACAAAAUAUUUAUCAAAGUAUUUAUUGCCUUAUGGAAUGUGCAAUCCUGUUCAUCCAAUUUCCUGUUUUUCAGUAAUGCCAGUAACCAUUUUAAACAAGGCCACUGGUGAUCACUGUGGGCAUGGCAAUAACAUAACCUCUGAAAGUUUCCAGCAGACAUUGUUCUAUGCCUUGCACUCUGAGAGUGCCUCCUCAAGCCAUGUCUUUGAAUUGUCAGCAUCAAUCUGCUUCUGUUUGUUCUGUAGCUGCAAGUUUCAUUUGGGAAUGCUUCUGAUUGCAAAUCUGACUUGCUAAACUGACGCUAUACUUAAUUAUAGCUCUAAGAUUGGUUCCACCUUGUCUGUUGCUCCCCAUCCUACCCAUAUCAGUCUUACGGCCUCAAGGUACCAUUAUUCUUGGUGCCAUGUAGAUGGCUGGGUCCAUGUGGGUGACACUGGGUUCCUUUUCCCCGCCGAGUUAUUUCUUACUAUUUGGCCUCACACAUUCACAGGGAAAUCCACAUUCAGCACAACAUCACUUUCAUGGAACAUUCUGAAGGCUAGGGCUUGCCUUAAUGGUCUGUUUAGGACUGUUACAGCAGAGAA